UCUUGGAGGAGGUCGAUGGAACAAGGGAGGUAUUCAAUUACCCCAGGAGGCCAACAUGGGCCCAUCACCUAAGUAAUAUCACUCAUGUAUUGCAGGUUGGCUGCCAGUCGCCUGGGGGAGGGGGUGUAUUAAUACGGAACAGUGAUCAGUUCUCCCCGAAGAGGAAGAAGGGGGGCUGGAACAAGGAACGUCCUGAACCACUCACGCCCGAAAGGGCUGGUGGGAUUUCAUAGCACUCCUCUUUGCCGCUGUUCUCGUUCUCACCGAAGAUCGUCCGACGGCGAGCGGCCGCUGCCGCCUCCUCUCUGUCCUCCGUGGACUCUCACAGAAGCCGUUCCUGCAUUCAGCCCCAUGCCGGACAUAGCCAGGACCCAGUUUAAGGGGAGCCGGUCAGUGACUGGGCCCCGAAGCCCAAAAUAUGGGUUGGAAUCGCUCAGCCAGGUCUACUGUAGCUGGUGUUCUGAUUAGUGGAAUGGGGCGUUGGGGCGUCCCCCAGUACACAUCACUGAACCAGAUCCAACUCAAUCCAGUCCUGCCAACGCCCGACCAUGGCCCCAAAUUUCAAUGUUUGCGCGAGAGCUGUGGGUCCUUCCUGGUUUUCCCUCGGAAAAUGCAGGCCGCGUUGCGCACGUCGUCCAGCAUUGAGACUGGGGGGCCGGCGGGGUUGGAAGGGAUGAUUCGUUCUGGCUUAGGACAGCACCACGGACCACGAGUGUUUCGACCACAAUCUUAAUGCCACCGUCUAUGUCCCGGACUACCCGACGGUCCUGAUCAUGAGCACGUGCGUGCCGUCGGAGCGCAGUCUGGAGGCGUUCGCCCUCGACCAGAUCGAGGCUGCCAAAGUGCUGCUGUUCUUCACCGAAGUCAGGCGAGCCUGGUUCGUUCUGCUGGUCAACACCCUGCUCACGAUUGCCGUGGGCUACGCUUUUCUCGCGGUCCUGGACAGGGAUGCGAAGUCGAGCCUCCAGGCGUGUAUUGUUACAUGCAUAACACUGCCUACGUUGCUUGGGGUGUGGUUCCUCGUCAGGUCCCGCGGCAGUGUCCACGACGCCGAGGUGACGGAGGACGAGUUCUACGCGAACCUUCGGUGGGGCUUUGGAACCCUGGGGGUCGCCGCCCUGCUAGGCUGCUUCAGCUCCUGCGCCUGCAGGGACCUCCACAAGUCGCUGCACUGCAUCGAGGCUACCUGCGAGUGCAUUUUUGGCCAGCCCACCAUCAUGCUCACUCCACUCAUCGCUUUCGGGUCGAUGCUAACGCUGGGCCUGUUCAUGCUGAUUGGCUUCCUGUAUUUGCUGUCGGCUGGGGACAUGAGGCUGGGCCAAGCCCACGGCGUGUCCGAGAAGACCGUGACUUACUCGGAGGAGCAGUGGUGGGCCAUGGUCUUCUGGAUUUUCAUGACAAUUUGGCUGUUGGAGACGAUCCAUGCCAUGUCGCAGUACGUGCUCGCCUGGUCUGCUCAGCUUUGGUACUACACUCCCACCGAUGCGGAGUCCGAGACGAAACUCGAUCUGCCGACAUGCUGUAUCUUUCGGGCAUACAACAACGCCAUCAAAUACCACAUAGGUACCCUGGCGUUCGGCGGCUUUGUGAUCGGGCUCCUUCGUAUUCCGCGCCUGUUAUUCGACUUUCUUACGUACGCCGCCGCAAGCCCAGCGGGCGAGACAAUCAUGAAGGUCUGCGGCUGCCUGAUCAGGCUGAACAACAAAUUCCUGCAGCCGUACAGCAAGGCCGCCUACAUGGAUGUCGCGAUCACGACCUCGAAUUUCUGCACCGCCGCAGGGCGAGCGCAGGAGGUUCUCUGGGAGGAGGGCGGGGCCGUCGCCGCCCUGAACGGCGGCCAGCUGAUCGUCUUCAUCGCUGGCGGCGGGCUGCUCACCAUGAUCGGCUUCGCGUUCACCUGGCUCUCCGAGGGGCACCGCCGUGCCGUGGCCGCCGCCGCCGCCGCCCUGGAGAGCGCCGAGCGCCGUAGGGGCGGGCGGCGUGCCGAGAAGCCCGCGGCGCUCAGCAGCCCGACGUUGGAGGACGCCCGCAAGCGCCCGCCGCCCCCUCGUGCUCCAGCCGCCGUGCCCCCCGGAGGGCGCGGGCCUGCGCGAGGCUUCACGCGUUUUUGCCUGUAG